AUGACUCCAACAGCACUGACCUUAGUGGAGAGAAGGAUGGUGGUUCCAUUCACUGAGUUGGAGACUGUGGGCAGCAGGUUGGCGGGGGUGGAGAUCAGUUCUGAACGUGUUGACUUUCAGAUGAUUAGACAUCAGAACACCAGUGACAGCCAUCCACUGGAUGGAUCUGUUGGGACCCAGGGCACCCAUGUCAAUGCCUUUCGAGGUAUGGCCAGCGUCCGAGACAACAAUGUUUUGAAUGAAUGGGAUGGAAUCUUGGACUUCGAGAACUCCCUUCUGGAGGCUAAGCUGUUUAGCAAGAUGGCCUGUGUCCUAGCCAAGAUGGAUGAAGGUCCAACUUUGGACCAUAUUAGUAAGGCCCUGGACCACCAGGCUUUAAAGCAUUAUCCAUCCACUCGAGGCCUGACCUACGCUGUUUUACCCAGCCGGGUCAAGAACUUAGCCCAGUAUGGAGUGCCCAUCAAGGAUGUGUGCCGAGAGGUCCCCACCUACUUUGCCCAAGAGCAAAAAGAAGGUACUGCACUGGCUAUUGACCCCAAUUCCUGUUUCGAAGUCCAAAUUCUGUCCUUGCUGAGACUCUCCAUCUGUGGGGAGUUCCCUGGGCUCUGA